AUGCUUAAAUCCAUGGACCUAACUUGGGUUAUCGCUUUCCCUUCGAUUUGGAUUAUCGUCGAAGCGAACCUCAUCAUUACCUGUGCGACGAUGCCUACGCUCCGCAAGUUCUUCAAACAUGUUGCUCCCAAACUCAUCGGCGAGUCACGAUAUGGAAGCAAAACAGGAAAAUCGUCAAAAUAUGGCAAGCCAGAUACAGGAUCCAAGCCUCCGAGUCGACCAUUUGUCCCGUCUUCCCGGGGACGCCGUGACCGAACACAAUAUUCACAAUUCGAUGGCGAUGAGAACCCUAUGCCCGAUAACUUUGCUCUAGGACCUAUCAAUGGGCGCGUGGGACACAAUACCAGCGUUGGUCAGAGCGAAGAGGUAACGGGCUGGAUCGAUAGUGAUUCUGAGAAGGGGAUCGUUGGGGGGACGAUCAAGCCAGCCAUUGUGCAGACGAAGACGGUGACGGUGGAGUAUGAUUGA